AUGAGCACGGAAAACACAUUGGAGGCCAAGGUUUCGGCUGCAACCAAGAGAAAGGAAUAUAGAGAAAAGAAGGAGGAAACAAGAAAGGCUUUCAAGCAAGCUCGUUUUGAAGAGGCUGCUGCUGGCUCAGAAGGUUCUCCUUCACCAGCACCAGAAUCAGCAACCCCAGAAGCUGUUGAACUCCCUAGAAAGAGAUUCUAUAGACAAAGAGCACACUCUAACCCGUUUUCGGACCAUCGUUUGGAAUAUCCACGUUCCCCUGAUUGCAUGAACUGGAGCACUUUGUACCCAGGUUAUUACGAUGAAGAGAAAUCUCAAAUGACCGCUGGUGUGGAAAUAGCAGAUGUAGGAUGUGGAUAUGGUGGUCUUCUUAUCAACUUGGCCAAAUCAUUCCCUGAAACUUUAUGUUUGGGUAUGGAAAUCAGAGUGCAAGUGACACAAUAUGUGGAAGAUAGAAUUAUUGCCUUACGUAAAAAGCAUGCCGAAGAUAAGGCCAACUUCCAAAACAUUUCUGUAUUACGUGGGAAUGCCAUGAAGUUUCUUCCAAACUUCUUCCGUAAGGGACAACUUUCCAAGAUGUUCUUUUGUUUCCCAGACCCUCAUUUCAAACAAAGAAAGCAUAAAGCCCGGAUUAUCACCAACACUCUUCUUUCCGAAUAUGCAUACGUUUUGCGUGAAGGUGGGGUGGUAUACACCAUCACAGACGUCCAUGACUUGCAUGAAUGGAUGGUGAAGCAUUUGGAAGAACAUCCACUUUUUGAACGUUUGGAUGAAGCAUGGGAAAAGCAAGACAAAUGCGUACAACUCAUGUGGAACUCUACUGAAGAAGGUCAAAAGGUUAGUCGUAAUAAGGGAGACAAAUGGAUUGCCUGUUACAGAAGAUUACCAACUCCAGAUGAUUGUGAUUAG